AUGGCGUCCCCGCCCAAGUACGCCCCACCAGUGGGCCAGUACGGCUCCACAGCAGACGAUCACGACGACGCUGGCGUCUCGGCCCCGCUUCUGCCCCAGUCGUCGACGGACAACAAGUCCAAGAGGGCCCAGCAGUUUGACGUGAACGAUGCGUCGUUUGUUGUCGGCGCAAUGGCCGGCUCAUCGCGCAACGCAUGGACCGACCAGCCUGCCGAGGACGAUAUUCCCGACGACUUCAAGAUUGGUGUCUGCGUCAUGGACUGUGACGAGGCUAUCCGUCGCGCCUUCAUCCGCAAGGUCUACGCCAUUCUCCUCGUUCAGCUCGCACUCACUGCUACUGUGUCCAUUGCCCUCUCUUUUCCUGGUCCCAAGGAAUUUGUUCAGAACAACACCUGGAUCAUCUGGACCUCACUCAUUGGAUCGUUUGCCAGCCUCUUUGGCGUCUACUGGAAGCGCCACGAGUUCCCCACCAACAUGAUCAUCCUCACCCUCUUCACGCUCUUUGAGAGUGUCAUGAUUGGCACAACAACCAGCUACUACGACACGAAGAUUGUCGUGCAGGCUCUCCUCAUCACUACCGGCGUCUUUGUCGGCCUCACACUCUUUACCUUCCAGACCAAGAUGGACUUUUCCUCCUUUGGUCCCUUCCUGUUCGGCGGUCUCUGGGGUCUCAUCACCGCCGGCCUUGUGGGCAUCUUCCUCCCCUUCAACGCCACUUUUGACCUCGUCGUUGCCUGCUUUGGUGUCCUCAUUUUCUCCGGUUUGGUCCUGUACGACACCCAGCAGAUCAUGAAGACGCUGUCAGUCGACGAGGCAGUCUUGGGCUCCCUCCGUUUGUACUUGGACUUUCUCAAUUUGUUCCUCUACAUUCUGCGCAUCCUCAACAGCCAGAACAACGACUAG